GGAGGCACCUACCAUGCGCGCGCGCGCGUCUUUGACUGUAAAUUGUCGGGGGCCAUCUCCCACCACCGCGUGCGUCUCCGGGAACCAGAACCUCGAGUCAGGACCGCACUGGGGAAUUUGGGACCAUUCUAGUUUUCCUUCAACACUUUUCCUCAAAGACCAUGGAAGAAGCCCUAGUGCUGUAGCCUCCCUCCCCGAAGCGUCCAGUCUCUCAGCGAAAAGGCGCUGGUUAACCCAGAGGUCUGUGGGAUCCGAAGUUGCGCCAUUCACAGCUUUCCCGUGAAUUCGUGGAGAGCACACUGGAAAGUAUUUUUUCUGGACACUUGGUUAUCAGUAUAUUCAGCUUAAAACAUGUGACUUUGUUGCCAAUUCAUUAAUUCUUACCUGCUCUUGAAGGACUAACAUGCUACAAUUUAGACGUCCAUAUUUCUUUUAAAUGACAAAUGAAAAUACAUUUAAAAAUCAGGAUACACUAGUUAAUUACGUUGGUAACUGAUUAGCAUUUCUGUUUGAUCAGAAAGUUUUGGAAGAAACUUUAAAUAGCUUCUUCAGCCUUUAAUUUUACAGUAAAGAAAAAUGAAGCUCUACUACUCGAGCUUGGUCUGGAUUAGAACUGCAUCAUUGCCCAUCUUUCCCAACCUGACGCUGCCUCGUUCAUUUCUCUAAAAACAGAAGCUUUUGUUACAGAUAAAAGGCAAGUUAUUAGUGUCUUCUAAAAAUCUAGCGAUUAAUCUUACCACUCCAUCCCAUUUUCAUUCAAGAAAUAAAAGAAAUGCUGAGUAAAGAUUAUUAGUUAACCUGGUUCCACAGCUACAUUGGAACAAAUCCAGAUACAGUAACUGGGGUGUAACUUACAUAUUUUCAACUAAAAUGCUAGAUUUUCCCCACAAUCUCUUGAAGAAUGGUAAAUUGGGUUUUUAAUCCUUUACCUGGUAGACUUGCAGUAGUUUCACAGAAUAUUAUCCUUAGCUUUAAAUAAAAGCUGUCCCCUUAGAUUGUUUAUAAACUAGUCACCCUUUGAAAGAGAUCUUUAGUUUCUGAAAGGUGUUUGGAGUCAGUUCUUACCCAAUGUUACUGGUUCCCAGCUACUUAGAUGUACCCCCAACAUCUACAGAUCCCAGCAACCUAAGUCUGUCCUUCGAUAUUUUUUUUCUCACUCUGGCAGCACAGUGGCAUGCAACCUGGCUCUAAGGAAGGAAGACUUUCAAGCCCCCUUGUCAGCAGAUCCCUAAGGUGAACUGCAGGAAGAUCCCAUCCCUGUUCGUGUGGGUGCAGAGCCAGACAAGAGGUGCACAGAGGCCAGAGCAGUCGAUCUGUGCAGCCCCCAUGAGGAUGUCUCCUAGCCUUCAGGAAGGUGCUCAGCUUGGGGAAAGCAAACCCUCGCCCUGCUCCUUUUCAAUUGAAAGCAUUUUAGGAUUGGACCAGAAGAAAGACUGUGUUCCAUCCAUGAAACCCCACAGGCCCUGGGCAGACACCUGCAGCUCCUCAGAGGAAGAUACUAACCUGUGUCUACCAGUCCCGAGCCUUCCUAAUGGGAUCUUACUCCCUUGUACUGUGGAUUACCCAGUGCCAGCAGAAAGAGUUUUGAAAUAUGAAAAUUACUUUUCAGCCUCAGAAAGACUGUCUUUGAAAAGAGAGUUGAGUUGGUAUAGAGGCAGAAGACCAAGAACUGCUUUUACUCAAAACCAGAUUGAAGUGUUGGAAAAUGUCUUUAGAGUAAACUGCUAUCCUGGCAUUGAUAUCAGAGAAGACUUAGCUCAAAAAUUGAAUCUAGAAGAAGACAGAAUUCAGAUCUGGUUCCAAAAUCGACGUGCAAAACUGAGGAGAUCCCACAGAGAAUCACAGUUUCUAAUGGCAAAAAAAAACUUCAACACAAAUCUCUUGGAAUAGAUAGAAAACUAAACGUGAAAUUAUCUUCCAAUUGAAGAACAUGAAGAAUCAAUAGAAAUAUCAAGUUUUAAAAGUGUGAUGUUUCUUUCUGCAUUUAAUCUGAACAUUGUCAUUUUUCUGAAAAUAUAAUGUAAAUAAUUACUAUUAUACCAUGGUACCUAUUAUACUUGGGCACUUUUAAAUACAAAAGGCCUUUUCUAUGUAUUUUAAUAAACAUUUUCAGAAAAAGCCAGCUAUUUUUUAAGUGAGCAAAUUUAAUCUAAUAAAUUAGUUUGCUAAAAUCAAUAAGCUCAUAACUAAAUGGCUCCACAAACUGGAUUAUGUUUACAAACCACUUCAAGUAAAAUAAUCUGAAGAAUGGAGGUGUGAUUUGUUUCAGUAAGUUUCCUUCAAAUGCAUUUUGAAACAUGAUUUUGCUUUAAUAUAUUAUAGAAUACUUAUGCAUAAAUCUUUAGUUCCUCUUCUGGCAUAAAGCAGUGAGAAUUUUUCACCAUAUAUCAAUACAAAUCCUUAUAGAAUGCCAGUUUAAGCUUUUUUUUUAAAGCAAAGUCAUUAUACGAAAGUAGAAAUAUAAAACUAUUGGUUGUUAUAUUCAUACCACUGGUACUACAUUGCACAAAAGAAUUGAGCUGCAAGUAAAUGCAAAUUUAAAAUAUUUUUCUAGGUUAUUUAAUGCUGUACUUUAAUUUCGCUCAUUAAAGUGACAAUAAUCAUUUGGCUUAUAUCUAUUUCUAGUGUAAUGACUUCCAAUCAGCUAUAUAUUUUGUUACAAGUAAUAUGUUGACUGAGAAGGUAAGAUAACUGACCUGCCUUGGGUAUGUGCUCUGACAUAGUUGCUGGAUAUAAUCAGGGAGCUUUCUGGGACAAAAACUAUGUAUUUUCUUUGCAUUUCCCAUUGUACCUGUCAAUUAAAGACACAAAUAGGAUUAAGUAGCAUCACAAGAAAAGAGUCCUACCACUGGAAAUCUGGGUAUUUGUUUUCCAGUUAAUUCAUGGAAGGCCAAAGUGGGUGUUCUUUUUGAAAUGUUAGCUUGAGGGCUCUGACUUUGUCUCCUGAAAGCCUAUUUCAGCUUUGCCCAUUUGAAUUGAAUUCUUCCUUGCUUCCUUUUUCUUUAUUUCCUAUUCUUCUUUCCUUUACCCUUCCAGAGCUAACCAAAGUAGAAGGUUCUUACUGAUUUUUUUUCUUUCCUUUUUUCUUAUUGCACGAGAAAGCCUAGAAGGAGUUUGCAUAUUAUCUCUGAGGAAAAGUAGCAUGACUCCGAUUUUGAAGCUUUUUAAAAUCAUUUACUGAGAGCACGUAUGGUGGCAGAAAGCUGUGUCCUAAAAACUGGUCAGCAACAAGCUGUUUCACUAUUGGUGAGAUGGAGAGGGGGGAGGAGGAAAGAAGGGGCCCACGGGCAGUAAAUGGAAGACCCACCAGGGGCAUUAAAUGUUUUCCAAGGAACACUCUGCUGUCAUACUGGGCCACUUUUCCAAUAUAAAGAGCUGCUUUCAUUAAUAUGAAAUUUGAAGCACCAGGAGCUUUCUUUCCUCUUUAUUAGGUUCUGGUGAAAUUAUACUAAGUUGGAGGACCAGAGGUCAUGAGGAGUGGGUUGGAGGGAAAAGGGUCACAUGAUAUGUAACUUUUUCAAACAGCCUUUUACUUUAAUCCCAAAUGCCAUAUUUACAUACUGCAAAAAAUGCAAGCAAUAUAAAAAUAGAGUGAAAUCUUCCUCAAAUCUCAUCCUUCACAGAUAACCAUCAUUAAACAUUUUGUAGAUCUUUUGGUGUAAAAGAGCACAUACAUAUGUGUACACAUAUAUAUGUAUACAUAGGUACACACAUACAUAUUUAUUUUUGCUGUUAUUUUUAAAAAUAUCACACUUGGUAUUCUGUCCAUCUUUCUGACAGAAUACCAAGUCAUGUCAGAUAUAUAGCUCUGUCUUUCUUGAUGUUUGCUUAGUUUGGUAAAGAUUUCAAGUCCUGUACAUAACAAACUAUUCCACAAUGUUAAUAUUAAUAAAUAAAUACUUUUGAAAUAGUACUUUUCACAAGUGGAGAUUUUUCAAAGAAUAGUCAUUGUUUAUCUAGAAUUUAUCUAAAGUUAAACCUAAUCCCCAAAUCUCUGAGGAUUGUGAGGAUUCUGUAUAAAAUUACAGACAUUAGUAAAAAAUUACACAGUAUCAUAUACAUUCCUCAAUGACUAGUAAUGCACUUUAAUUUUUUUUUAAUUAUAAAAACUGAUCACACCUAUAAAAUGUCUGGUGAGGGAAGAAACAUAGUAUUUCUAGAAUAUCAUUAUCUCAGUUUUUCCCAGUGCAAUUUAAUGUAACUGAUUUGUGUG